AUGGAUCUCACUGCCUCACCUGCGUUCUUCUUGAUCCUCUGCUGCUGCCUUGGGUCUGUGGAAGCCCGAGACUUUAAUUCUAUCCUUUCUGUAACAAAUGGAGGACCUUGGGGUAGCUGGGGGGUAAUCCAGUUUUGCCCUCAGGGAUACGCUCAUGGCUUCUCACUGAAGGUAAGGUUUCCUCCAGGGCUGCUGUCACUUUGAAGUUCCUCCCUCCCUUUCUUUCUGAACACCUUCUGAAGAUGGGGAAACAAUAGGGAACUGAUGGACUCUUAAGUUUUUUAGUCCUCUGCUUUAUCUAAAUUAUGGACAAUAAAAGGUUGAGUAGCCAGAUGGUAAUUUGGGCCACCGAGUGAAAUAUAUUAGCAACUUAUGCAGCGGUGCUAUUUUCCUAGAAAAAGAGGUGUCUUGUUCUCUUAGAAUGGCAAUAGUGCCCACUUGAGAGCUGCCGGAACUGAGUUCUGGUGACUUCUAGCUGGGGAAAAAAGCCCUGGUAUGCGGGCAGAUUAUUUGGUGGUAGGGCAGUGCAUCCUGUUUCACUGCUUGAGGCAAAAGGGGAAGAUCCACUUUGCCCUACUGCUGCCACCACUACCUCAACCACCUACCUUGCCCAAAAUCAGUGCCAGUGGUGGAGGUGCUUCUCUGCUGAUGGUGGAGGCGGCCAGGCAGAUGGGGCACCCAUGGGCAUGCCACCUGGGGGGGCUUCUGGCACCUGAAGCAGCAACCUCACCCUGCCUAAUGACUGGGCCGGCUCUGUUUGGUGGGACUGCUUACAUGUAGGAUGUUUUCCAACAUAUCUCCAGAUAUGUUGGACUCCAUCUCCCAUCAACCCCAGCCAGCAUGACAAAUGGUCUGGGAUGAUGGGUGUUAUCAUCUAACAGAUCUGAGAGGGAUCAAAGUUGGGAAGCCUGCAGUAUGGGAAGUGAUUGCCAAACUCUAUUUUUUUUAAAUCACUCAAGGUUGAUAAUUAUGGCUGAAUGAAGUGUGUUUCAUCACCCACCCACAAAGAAUGGCUGGUGUGAUAGCUCAGUUGGUUGGGCAUGAGACUCUUAAUCUCAGGGUCAUGGGUUCAAGCCCUGUGUUGGGCAAAUAAUUCCUGCAUCGCAGGGGGUUGGACUAGAUGACCCUUGUUUUCCCUUCCAACUCUGAUUCUUUAAAAAAACUAUGAACGGAACACAGUAAUCAGGUUUUACUUGGUGUAGAAUUCUUGAAAUUAACACACCUGAGUCGUGUUAUUACUAUCAAUAGGACUGCUCUGUACAAAUUUUAAUGGAAUACUACCCUUUAUUUUAAGCCUACGCCCUCCCUCUUAGUCAUCUGCCCAGGGAAAGAGCUUUAUCUCUAUUGCUGCAUGGUUAGAAAGGGGUUGCAUUCCUAUCUCAGGCAUGGAAAAUCUACCCUGGCCAUGGUAAUAGUAUCCAGGUGAGACUGCAGACUUAAGGGCAUGGAUAAUUCCAGCUGAAAACUGUUGCAUCCAUGCCAAGUUAAUUGAACUUAGAUCUCAUUGAACUCAUGAUUUUGUCAGGCUUUGGGGAAUUGGCUCCCUCCCCUGGUGGCAGUAAAUAAGCAGAUCAAACGAAAGGAGCGUUCUUACCAGAUAAGUUCUUUAAUAAUCACCGUGAGAAGCAAAGGGCUGUAUAUCUCUCUAAAUAUUGGCGUUGCUCCCAGUAAAGGUUCACCCCCUCUGUCCCUAUUAAUCUAUGCCACUCCUACGUUGAGUAAUCUGAGCUUGUUGCUGUUGCACUUUCUUUUUUAUCACUUUCCAAGCCUUUCUAGUCUUAGGCGAAGUGGGGUCAGGAAUGCUGUCCAAGGACACUGAAUCUGCCAGCUGUCUCUUUCCUGGUGUUUCCUAUUCUAGCUGUUCCUCACCCAGUAUUUCCAAGCUUUUCCCCUCUGGGCUAUGCUCCUCUGCAAACCACUGUUCUAAAUCAGUACUGUCCUCCUGCCCUUGGGGGUGGACAGAUAAAUGGGGGGGGGGGGGCUCCCACCAUUCCUCCUCAGUCCAGUCCCUGACAGAUUUACUUUGACUUUAAUUUUUGAAAUCCUUGGUUUAUCUUCAGAUUUAUCUCAGUCUCUUUGUCUCUUCUCCCACCAGGUAGAGCCAAACCAAGGUGGUGGUGUCAAGGAUGAUGAUACAGCCCUAAAUGGAAUUCGCCUGCACUGCACUGACAGUUCAGUAAUUGAGUCUGCAAGCGGACCGUGAGCAUCUCUCUUGAUUUCAUUUCCUUUUUGUUGCAAUUUUUUGGAAGGUGUUGGUGGGAGGGGCUGAACUGAAAUUUGUUAUGCUAGGUUAGACCAGCAUGAAGAAACCAUAGGGUUCACCUUGCUUUUUCUGACCUCUCAAAGGGAACCAACUCUAGCCUUUUGCUGGCUUCCAACUCAACUUUGCAGGACCCCAAAAAAUUGAUAGCAGGCCUGGUUUUAGAGGUUGGCACUGUUAGGACUUGCCAGUCCCUGUAUCCCAUAGGUGACCCAGUAUGGACACCUUGAGCUUACUUUCUUAGCUGCAACUCUUGCUCUCUUUACAAGUUCACUGGAUCUCUUUGAGCAAGGGACAAGAGGAAGGACAGGGAGCAGCAGCCUCUGGUUAUCUUGCCCUCUCCCUCUUGGUUUGCCAUAGAUGUUGGCCUCAGAGAAGGAGCUAAGUGAGAAGGCAGUGAUGAGACUUAAGGAGGCAAACAUCUCAGGCCCAGAUGAUCUUAGGUUGUGUUAAGCAAUAAUUAUGGGAAAUGAUACAUUAAAGUGAUAAUUAACUGUUUCACAGACUCAGACAGCUACAAUACCUGCUUCUGGGUUCCUGGAGAACUGCUUCUGCCCUCACUGGGAGCAGGGAGUGUUGGGGCAGAAAGGAGGGGCAGAGGCAGCUGCUUUGUGAAAUUUUGGGCACAACAAUACAGAGCCCUUGAGACUUUGGGUGCAUCCUCUUGGAAUAUUCACAUGGACCUGAUCUAUUUAGGUGUAAGCAGAAGGCUCCCCAUGUGUUACUAACUAACACCAGUGUCUUCUUUGGCAGGUGGGGAACCUGGACAGGGAUUCACUAUUGCCCCCAAAGCAAUCUGAUCUCUUUCUCUCUGAGAGUGGAAGCACCCCGGGGCAAAGGUGAUGAUACGGCCGCCAACAACAUCCAGUUCACCUGUCAAGAUGGAACUGGGCUGAUGGGCCAAGGACUUACCUGGGGUAAUUUUGGCGCAUGGAGCAAUCACUGCUCCUCUGGUUAUAUCUGUGGGAUCCAGACAAAGGUGGAGGGUCUCCAAGGCAAGGACGAUGAUACAACACUUAAUGAUGUGAAGUUCUUCUGCUGUGACUGA